UUAUUGUUGUGAUUUUAGACGAUUUGUUGUGAUAGACUAGUUGACAUUAAAUGUUUAUAACUGAAAAUUUUAAAUUUCCAUAAAAUAGCAUAAAUAACUUCUUUUCAAAGAGGUCGAUAUUAAAUUUUUAUGUUGAAAAUGAACUUUGUGACUUAAAAAUUAUUUUUUCAAUAGUAUGUAAUUGUUGGUAAAUAAUUUAAUUCGGGAUUGAUCUAUUAUUGAACUUUACAGCAUGAUAAGAAAAUUUUAAGUUUACCAAGUAACAUUAAGCAAUCACAAUCAUUCUUCACCGCUUUGUGAUAAUCAGAAACACAAAUGAAAUGGAAAGUAGUGCAAGGUUAUGUUUUAAUAAAUCACUGUUUAAAGUUGAAAUAAAUAAUCCUCCAUUUAUGAUAAACCCCUGUGAAUUUUUUGUUGACAUUCGUCUUAGGACUUUUUAACCAAAAAUUGUUUGUGUAUAAAUAAUGAGGUAAAAGAUAACUGUCAAAAUGGCAAACACAAUAUUAUUGGAGGCUCGGCCUUUCCGGCCUUUCAAGUCUAGUGAGGAAUAUCUCGUUGCCAUGAGGGAAGAUUUAGCAGAAUGGCUUAAUUGCCUGUAUCCAGAACUCUGUAUUAAUUUUGUUAAUUUUAUGGACAAGCUUGACACCGGAGUCGCCUUGUGCAAGCAUGCCAACAAUGUGCGAGCGAUGGCCGAGUCUUACGUAUCUCGGAGGCUCGCAAAGUCGGUGUCUUUAACGUCGUCAACUAGUCUCACGACGAGCGUCAAAGUCCAUCAUCAACAUCUGUUGUCGCUCUUGAGGAACCAAGAGGACGAUUUGCCAAUACUUCCUGCCGCUAGACCUGGAACCUUUUUUGCCAGGGACAACGUUAGUAAUUUUAUAGCUUGGUGUCGAAGAUGUUUAGGAAUUCAUGAAUGUCUCUUGUUCGAAACCGACGAUCUUAUCAUGCGGAAAAACGAAAAGCAUGUCAUCCUCUGUUUGCUCGAGGUAGCAAGGCGCGGCGCGAAAUUUGGAAUGCUCGCCCCAAUGCUCGUGCAGAUGGAGAGACAGAUCGAUCGGGAGAUUGCAGCCGAUAAUUUGGCAAAUGCACCCGGUUCGGCAUUGAACAGCACCGAUGGCCAGGAGAGCGACACCGACAGCGAAAAUGACAGGGAAGGAGACGGCGUACUUCUUGUCUACGGACCUCAUAGACAAAUUGUCACGAACGAUCUUAAAAGCCUCGACGAAAUGGUUCGAGAACUUGUAGAACGAUGUACUUGCCCAUCACAAUUCCCGAUGGUCAGAGUGUCGGAGGGAAAAUAUCGAAUAGGAGAUACUAAAGUUUUGAUUUUCGUACGAAUUCUGCGAAGCCACGUAAUGGUCCGCGUAGGCGGCGGCUGGGACACGCUGUCUCACUACCUGGACAAACACGAUCCUUGCAGGUGCAGGGCGCAACACCGCACGAGCCAGGCGGCCAGACUGGUCCAGGCCCCGCAAGCGCGCAACGGCAGGGAACCUCAACCGUACGUCGAUCUGUCCAGAGCAACUGUUAUUUACGAUAGAUCACCACCGUCUGUUCGUCGAACGGUGCAGAGCGUGCCUGAUAGCCGAGCUCACGAUUCCACGAUAUCGCCGACGGCGCAUUUGUACAAAGGCAGUGCGACGACCGAUACAAAUGAAUUGCACAACACCAGCAACAUUGUGAACAAUAACGAGAACUGCAGCGACAAUGGGAGCGAAGUCAGCGACGAGGGAUACAGGAGCCUCGGCCUGGUGAAGGAGACGACGUGCGCCACCCAGACCAAGAGGCGUCAGUCGAAGCAAGAGGAUGACGGACGUCAAGAACCGUCUGAUAGCUCUCCAUUGUCUUCGAGCGACGAUAGUAGUAAAGUUUCAAGUAAAUCUACUCCAAAAACUAAUGGCUCUGUUAGAAUGCCAAGAUAUGCAUCGCCUCUUAAUAGGACUGGGGCGAGAAAUCGAACGGAAUCUCCUAGCAUCACUAGAAAUAAUCAGCGUGCAAACAGCAUUUCAACUAAUAACACAUGGAGUGGAGCUCGUACUAAAACGAAACAACGGUCUGCAAUUACUCCUGAAACUUUUGAAAGAAAUUCACAUACCAGAAAAUCAACGUCAUUGAACGGAUCCCCAACUAAAACCAAUCCAAAAAUACGAACACCUUUAGCUAAGCAACUUUUACAUACUGCGCAGACUGCAGCAAGUGAGGAUGAGUUAUUAGCACAAAUGAAGCAACUUUUGUUGAAUUACGACAAGCAUGAUGAUAUGACAUCAAUAGGAUGUCGAAUAAAGACAUGUGUAAGUCCUAGAAAAGAUGUAGCAAGAGAUCGGAGUGCAUCUCGUAUUCCUGCACCAGUACGAGCUUAUACGGAAUUGUACUGAUAUAG